UUAAUUGGCAUGUGAAGCGCGAACACCUACUACUGUGCCCGGUCCCCGGUUGUGCAGAAGACACCUUCGUUUCUAAAAAUGUCCUCGAUUGUCACCUAAACUAUGCCCACCGCAAUGCGACGGUGGUCCAGAACGCCGCAUUCAAGCCGGUCAACCUUCUCGAAACAGCACCAGCACCGUCAGAAUCGGCAACGUUGUCAGCUUAAUAAAAGCGAUAGCUAAUAGUGAUGCUAGGCGGCACACCGAAAACUGGUGAAGAUUCUAAAUAUCACAUUUCCAAGUUACUAGAAUCAGCUAGUUUCCCCGUUAUUUGGGAACAUGGCGUGCUCCCAUUUCUCGUCGAAUUCAUCCCGAAAUGGUGUGGCCAUGGUCAUGUCAUUUCCGUGAUGCGUGGGAGGAAGCCCAAUUCCAGACGGAUAUGCAUCAUGACGAAGCAAAAUGUCUCUAGAGCUCGAAGGCUAGUCAUUGCAAGCCACGUACGAGACCUGCUGCCAAAGAAUCACCAUAAUUCAGUCACAUUCGUAUUCUCUGUUGGCGAAGUACGCCGCGCAUGGUCGCGAGGUUUAAGUAAGGAUAUGCCGGAUGAGAUUUGCCUCCCGCGUAAUCCUUUCUGCUAUACGAACCCGUGCAUGGGGGAUAGUAUUGGAGCGAUAUCAGAGGAUGGCGAUGAGAUUACAGCAACGUUAGGACCCUGUCUGGCAGUUGACGGCGGGAAUUUUUGGUUGGUUAAUUUUCACCCGUUUAUCGACGUGAGUAAGGGAACCCAGCCAGUACCUAUCGAGCACCCGUCUCCGGCGGACCGUAUAAGGUGCUUAGACGAGAAGCAUGAAGCUCUGAAUGAUAGCGACCUCAACUUCUUUAUUGGAAAUUUGACGGCAACUUCCGGGUUCGACUUAGAGACUACUCGGGUUUCUCACGAUCCGUAUUGGGAAGAAUGUGACAAGGAACCUCCAUUAGUCGUUACAGAUUGGGCAUUGGUCUCUACGAAGUGCCAACAGGCUAACAUGCUGCGAAAGUUCCCUGCCACCAACCAAAAGCAGGAGACCCCAGUAAUUUCGAUGAGCUCAGUUGUGCCUGGCGCAGCAGUGUGCUCUACAGGACGUACUUCGGGGUUUCAACGAGGUCAGGUUUGUGAGAUACCUGCGUAUGUCGAUGGUUUGGGAAACGGCACAGGCAAGGCAUCUCGGGAAUGGUACGUAGAGGAACCUUACCCCUACGACGACGAAGAAGCUUGGAUUUGCGGUGGUAUAGGGGUUGAAGGCGAUAGCGGUGCUGCCAUCAUCGAUUCUGGGACCAACGCUAUGAUCGGUCAACUUUGGGGGCGAAAUAAGUACUACGGCCCUGGGCCGAGGCACACUUUCUUUACGCCCGUAUAUGACAUUUUAGACGACAUUCGAGAGAAGUGUGGCGAGGAACGACAGCCCCGGCUGCCAUCAUACCGCGACGAGGCAGAGUGUUGGCCAGUCUAUCCGGUCUGUGAACGAUGUUUUAAACUUCGCGAAUAUCUUGAAAGUCGGCGUAGCUCUCGAGAGUCAUUGAUGUCUAUGAUCGGGGUGCACGAUGGAAGAGCCGGAGAUACUGACAACGAAGUCACAUCCGUAUCAGAGUUGGCAACACCAGGAGAUGCCUCGAACUUGCUUCGCAACGUAGGACUUGAAGCGACGAGCCCGUCAUUCAGUGGCAUGGUAUCUCCAGCGCCGAUCCACGCUUUCUAUCCAAUUUCACAAACCCUCUCCCCAGGCAAUCCCGAGUUGAGAAGUCCCUAUGCGCACGCUCUAAAAGAUGAUGACCUUUACGAAAGAUUUCCGGAAACCGAUGAGGCCGCAGCGGGUAUAUUGCCGAGACUAAUGGCACGUACUAAUAGCCGACCGCCAACUAAAAGGCGAAAAGUAAUGCCUGCCAGCACCAACCCCUUUUUAGGAUCUAGUUAGACAUCUCUGAACAGUGUCAACUGGCUAUCCGGCCAAGCCCCCACGUGCCAUCUUUUUUGCGCGCUGGUCUCGACGGUUGUGAUUAGCCCUGGACCCCUUGCUCGCUUCCUUACGCCUUCUAGCGCUUUCGGUAUCUUUAUCACCAGAUGGUCCGGCAACAUUUCCUCCACGACCACCGCCUCUACCUCGUCCUCGACCACCACGGCUGCGGCCACGAUUGCCAAAUCCGCCUCGGGAAUUGUUGGAAUUAUUUCCUCCGCCGUCAAUCUCUGAGUCUUCUGCUGCUGAUUCUGCUGGGCCCGCACGCCAAGCAGUUGGGGCUAAAGCAGGCUGGUCGCCGCUAAACGCGCUAUAUUUCAUCUCCAACUGUCUCAUCUGAUGCGGC